UCUGUCGCUUGUGAGUGUUUUUUUUCUUUUUUUUUCUAGGCCGGGUCUCUCGGUUAUUGAAUGGAGCCAGUGACCUGUCAGUCUUGACUGAUGGGACCCCGUGUGUGGGAAAAUCCCACAGCCAAAGAGUUGGAGCAUUCACAUGCUAAUUGGGCUUGAUAAAUAAGAGGGCCGCGCCGCGCCGAGGGCCCUAGAGGCGCGCUGAGAUUCAGAGUAGAGGAGACACAAGCGCACAGACACCGGGCAAGUAAAAUGACUGCUUCAUCUAUGGCGCACAACGUGGGGAAACACCACAGUGCAAAGGAGGAGAGAAAGCUGAGAAAGCCGCUUAUUGAGAGGAAGCGACGAGAGCGGAUAAACAAUUGCUUGGAUCAGCUGAAAGAAACUGUGAUCGGCGCGUUCAGGCUUGAUCAAUCCAAACUGGAAAAAGCCGACAUUCUAGAGAUGACAGUGAAACAUCUGCAGAACAUCCAGAGUAAUAAACUCAAUGACCCCACAUUAGGCCUGGAAGCCCAGCAGAAAUACAGCACAGGGUACAUCCAAUGCAUGCACGAGGUCCACAACAUGCUCCUCACCUGCGACUGGAUGGACAAAAGUCUGGGCUCCCGCCUGCUCAACCACCUCCUCAAGUCGCUGCCCAGGACCACCGACGAGCACCCCCUUCCCCCCACACCAAGACACGAUGUUCCUCCUCUGGCCAGCCAGGGUACAGGGCUCCCUGGAACCCCCCACAGAGGAGACCCCCUCGCUGGGAGGCAGCCGCAGAGAGAAGGGCCCACCUGCCAUGUGGCUGGGCACAGAGAGAGGCCAGCGCUGCACAGCUCCCACCUGGGGAUGCUGGAGAUGUGGAGGCCCUGGUGAACAGGUGGAUUGAUGAUUUUGGUUGUCCAAUUUGUUAGACCAUCCUCUGUUAUGUAUCUUAUAGAUAUGCUGCUCAGAAGACAAACGUGGGGCAGUUUUGUUCCAGUGAUUAUUAUUGUAGGUGUGCUAUAAUGAUUCUAUACAGACCUUUCCUCAGUACUUCCCUUCAGAAGUCGACUUCUUGUAGCCUGCAUUAUAGAAGGCUCUUAUUAAUCUUUCAUGUAUUUAUUGUAUUAACAGCUUUAUUUAUUUGAUAUUAUAAGGCAUGUCUUUGCUUUGUAGAUUAUUUGCUUGGCAUUGCAUAGAUUUUUAUGUUUUCCUCCUUUGCUGUAAU